GUCCGCAGUCCGCCUGCCGUCCGCCGGCGCCACGGUUACCAGGGAGCGAGGAGGCCGGGGCUGGGGGCGGCGCCCGCAGGUGUGAGGAGCAGCACCCAGGACACCCCUCAUUCAGGUCCUUCCUGGACUCUCCCCGCCCUGUCCACGGUUGACGGUCACUCCUGCCCAGCCGUCCUUCUGUAGCGUGGCCCAUGGAGUGCGCACUCCCCUCAGGUGUCUGUAGGUGACCCAGCACCUCAGGGUGUCCAGCCAUGCAGCUGACCCUGGCCUUUGGGACCACCCCAGGCUGGCGAGGAAGUCACUACCAUUGCUGCCCCCAUCCCAGGUAUUCUCCUGUGUGGCCCGCCCGGUGAGCCCCACCUGUGGAUCCCCGACACUGAGAUUAGGCCUUGUUGGCAGCCCACCAGGGAGGCUGCGCUGCCCAGGCAUGUGAGUCCCUGGACCAUGCCAUCCACCUCGGUGUCUGUGCCUCACGCAGAGGGGCUGCCGCAGCCAGGAGGCGCCAUGCUCAAGGGACAGCUUCCUACUGGAGACAAAGGCCUGGUACAGAAUCCUCCAGCCCCACCCCACACUGGGGGUCUCGAGAAGACCACCGCCAAGGACACACAGGCCAUGGCAAAGCCCCUCACUCCAGCGCCACCCUCCAGGCCCAGGCUGGAGCGCACCCUGUCCCUGGACGAGAAGGGCUGGAGGCGGCGGCGCUUCCGAACCAGCCAGGAAGACCUCUGGGACCAGGACAAGGCUGGUCCCUGCAAGGCUGCUCCCGAGGCCCCCACCUGCAACAGCUCGCCGCCUGGGCUGAGCACUUCCUUACAGGAGAUUCCCAAGUCCCGCCGGGCUCCGGGCAGCCCUUCCUCAUGGGGUAACUGCCUCUCGGGCACGAUCAGCACAUCCCUGGACCUGCUGCACAGAGAGGCCACCACUGUGGGGAGCUCCCCGAGGCUGACCAGCAUGCUCCCCCCAUGCCCACUGCCCACCAUGGACCUGAGUGUCUCCUCGGACUCACUGAGGUUGGCCAACAAGGUGGACCCUGACCAUGACGAUUUCCGGCGUCGGGUGCAGAAGAAGCUGGUCCGGGCCCACAGCAGCUUGGGCCCUGGCCGGCCCCGCAGCCCCGUGGCCUGCGAUAGCUGCUCCCUGCACUCAGCCAAGUCCUCCUUCAGCCUCUUGGCGCCCAUCCGCGCCAAGGACGUCCGUAGCAGGAGCUAUCUGGAGGGCAGCCUCCUGGCCAGCGGGGCCUUGCUGGGUGCGGACGAGCUGGCACGGUACUUCCCAGACCGGAGUGUGGCCAUCUUUGUGGCCACCUGGAACAUGCAGGGCCAGAAGGAGCUCCCACCCAACCUGGAUGAGCUCCUGCUGCCCGCCGAGGCUGACUAUGCCCAGGACAUGUACGUCAUCGGAGUCCAGGAAGGCUGCUCCGACAGGCGGGAAUGGGAGACGCGCCUGCAGGAGACGCUGGGCCCCCACUACGUGCCGCUGCACUCGGCGGCCCACGGCGUGCUCUACCUGUCUGUCUUCCUCCGCAGGGACCUCAUCUGGUUCUGCUCAGAGGUGGAGUGCUCCACGGUGACCACGCGCAUUGUGUCUCACAUCAAGACCAAGGGGGCCCUGGGCGUCAGCUUCACCUUCUUUGGCACCUCCUUCCUCUUCAUCACAUCCCACUUCACCUCUGGAGACGGGAAGGUGGCGGAGCGGCUGCUGGACUACACGCGGACCAUCCAGGCCCUCGCCCUGCCCAAAAGUGUACCUGACACCAAUCCCUACAGGUCUAGCCCUGCGGACGUCACCACCCGCUUUGAUGAGGUCUUCUGGUUCGGGGACUUCAACUUCCGACUGAGUGUUGGGCGGGCGGUCGUAGAGGCGCUCCUGAGACAGAAGCUGGAGAUGGACAUGUCAGCCCUGCUGCAGCAUGACCAGCUCACCAGGGAGAUGAAGCAAGGUGCCAUCUUCAAGGGCUUCCAGGAGGCAGACAUCCACUUCCUCCCCUCGUACAAGUUCGACAUUGGGAAGGACACCUAUGACAGCACUUCCAAGCAGAGGACACCCUCCUACACGGACCGGGUAGUGUACAGGAGCCGCCACAAGGAUGACAUCUGCCCGGUCAAGUACUCAUCCUGCCGCAGCAUCAGGACGUCCGACCACCGCCCCGUGUACGGCCUGUUCCGUGUCAAAGUGAGGCCCGGGAGAGACAACAUCCCACUGGCUGCCGGCAAGUUCGACCGGGAACUAUACCUCAUAGGGAUCAAAAGGCGGAUUUCAAAGGAAAUUCAGAGACAGCAGGCGCUGAAGAACCAAAACUCUAGCGCCAUCUGCACGGUUUCCUGAGCAGGGACUGGACAGAGCAACAGGUCCUGACCCAGAUCACUGGAGACGAAGAGCACUUGGCCGUGGUCCACAGUGCGGUCUACCGAGCUGUCCGCAGGCUGCAGCCCUGCCUGCUGAGGCGCUGACACACAGCAGUGCAGACGGCAGGAGCCGUGGUGUGUCCCUGUCCCAGGAGGGACGCUGUCCCCGAGAACGAGUCACAUUCCUCCAACUAAGUAAGCCCUACGUGCGUGUAACGUGGCAAUCCCACUGACCCGCUGGGCCUCCCCUCUAAGGGCAGGCUGAGCUGCGAGCCGACCGGGCAGCGUCCCGCACUGGGCGCCCUGGGGUACGUGCUGAGUCGGGGUCAGCCCUGAGCCGCUAACCCACUCUGAAGCCAGCGGUAGACAGCCCCCUCCACCUUCCUGCGUGUCUUCACGCCUGGCCCCAGCGUCUACCAGCCCCCUGGACUGCCUAAGUGCACAGCCUCCAGCAGCCCCCCAGCACCACCCCACAGCCACACCCACCACCCCACGACCAUGGCCACGUCCCCAUCUACUCCUGGGACCCACAGGGUAAGAUGGGCAGAUGCAGGUGGCCUCUGGGGCCUCGGAAUUCCCUGGGCUUUUAAAACCCCCCUGAGCUGAGUCAGUGUCAGAGCCCAAAGCCAGUCAACUUCCUAGGACACGACACGGGCCCCUGCUAGGUAGCGAGCCCCCCACGUUUGGACAAGUGAGAGCCCCAUUGUAAGGGCCGCCCUCCAGCUGAACGUGCUGACCACCUCCGUUUUCUCUGCCGUGCCCCCACCCGGUCCCAUGGGAAUGUGCCAUGGCUUUGGCGAUUCGGACCACUGACUGUAAAGUCACCACAGGCAGCGAUAGCGGCCGCCCGUUUCCUCGCCUACAAAACUGGAGCUUAGAGUCGGCCGCCUUGCUAAGCCACCAUGUUCCGGAAAUCUCUAGUAAAAAAGAGGGCUGGGACUGUCAGUGUGCUCUGACCCCACCCUGAAAACCGUCAGCGUAGAUGUGUAAAGACCGAGGGGCUUCUAUCUAGUCUUUCAAAUUAUUUAUUUUUCCAUACUUAUAUUUUUAAAUAAAUGCAUAUAUUGAAUGUUAACUCUUUCUGGCCAAAGAUCGAAUUUUGGAAGGAAACAAUCUGUGUGCACACCUGUUCUUAGAAUGUUGUCAUUUUUAAGAAGCUGUAAAGUUCAGAGCUGAGUCUUGGCUACCAGCUGCUGACCACAAUCUGAUGCCGUGGCUUUAAAAUCAGGUGUUCCCAAGCGAACGACCCAGCGGUAAGCAUUAGCUGGCAGACGGCCUUUUCUAGGGGGGAUUAGUAAACCAUCGUGAAAAUAUGAAAAAUCCAUUUCCCAUGAGUCAUACGUGAAGCUUUCAGCGUCAGCUUCCAGAUCUUGGAACGCAGGUUUUCAGCAGCUCACCCCCACCCUUAGAGACGUCCCACCGGCGUGGGCAGCCGUCCCCCAGCUCUCAAGAAGCCAUUCAGAUGUUGGUGGCGCAAUUCUGCUUCAGUGAAGGUCAUACAUUUGGACGCAACUAGUGGAAAACCUGUCACACAGAUUUUGGUGGUAACGGGGCUUGAGCUGAGGAGUGGGGCGCUGGCAUGACUCCACAGCCCCCUCACCAGAUGCCAACUCUGUGACGUGAGGGGCAGAGGGCAAUGUCGGGGUCACCACAUCCAGCAAAUCACAUCCUAGGUCAGAGGUGAAGUACUCCUCACUAGCCGUUAAGAGUUCAGAUGGAAGUAAUUCCACCUGGAAAGUUAAGAUCCGUGUUAACGCACACCGUCAGCCAGGUCCUGGAAAACAAGCUGCGUGAAGAACCGCGAAGUGCGAGCCCAGGGAGGAGGGGGAGGCAGGGGCCUUCACCUUCACAAGACCCACCUCUUCUUGCCCACGAUCCGUCACUCAUCCCAAGGGGGUGGGUACUACCGGUUGAGUCUGGCAAUGCCAGGGAGCCAGCAGGGCAGGGGCCGGGGAGGUGGACAGGAGGUGACCCCCAGCACAUUGGCAAAUGCUAAUCGUGUUUCAGGCUGGACUGAGUUGCCUUGCGAUGAGUACAGAGAAGGCUGGGGCCUGGACCAGAGUCUCCAGACAUGGAGGCCAGGGAGGUAGGGGACAGGGCUGCACAUAAGUAGGACUGGUAGAAGCAGCACCUGGAAGCCUGUGAGGUCAGGUCAACAGGCCUGGGGGUGACCACUGGACUGAACAGCGUGGCAGUCAGUGGAGACUUGGAAAAGGGCAGUUUGGGUGGGAGGUAGGGUGAAAACGGGACAGGUAGGGGCUUCGAGAGAAAAACCAAAGAGUGAGAAAAACUAAAGAAAAGCGUUGAUGACUUGUGAGAGGAGCCCUCGGUCAGGGUGGCUCGAGCUGGGAGGGAAGGGGUGGAGGGCUGGUGGUGCCCGGUGCCUACAGAGGCCAGAUGUGUGGUGAUGCAGAAGAGUGGGAGGAGCUCACAGAGGGCCCCUCAGAGCAGGGACCGGAGACUCGGUGAUGGUCAGGCUCUGGGGAACAAUUUUCAUGUAAAAACAAACACAGCUGAAAAACAGGUCACAGGGAAUGGCUUUUGUUACUUCAUGUUCCUUCCCUCCACUAAUAGAAACUAUGCCUAAAAACAGCACCGUCUCCAGCUUGGUGGAGUGUGUCAGGUCUGGCUGACAGUAGUUUCUAGAAUGUCAGCACAGCUGCUGGGUGUUUAGGAAGCACAUCGAUACUUUGCCACAACCUGCUCUGAAGCGGAGCUCUAGCCCUAAGGAGCCCGCUCUCCCUCCUCCCGGCCUGUGGACCAAGGCCAACAUACCCGUGUGUGGGCAAGCUGAACAGGUGUGCUGCCAGGUCUGGGGGGCACCCUCCUUCCAGAGUGGUCACGGCAGGAAAAGGGCUUCAGACUCACACACCCCACCCAUGUCCCCUGCCCAGGCACCAGGGGCCGGGUUACUCAGAGCUACUUCCGCUGGGAACCGGGGUGUAAAAAAGCUGCAACAGGCACUGGGGGAUGAACAGGUU